CACGCAGUCCCACAACGUGCAGGCGUCGAACUGAAGCACUUUUAGAUUUCAGCAGAAAACCCGCUGCUAGCGCCGACUCUUCGUACUGACCUGGGGUUACUGUUGUCUCCACUGGACAAUCAUGGCAGAAAAGCAAGAGAUGUCUUCAAUUGAAUUGAAAGUGGCACGACAAGUAGAGUACUACUUUGGAGAUCACAAUCUUCCCAGGGAUAAGUUUCUGAAAGAACAACUGCAGCAGGAUGAAGGCUGGGUGUCUUUGGAGACGAUGCUUAAAUUCAACAGACUCAAGACUUUAACUACCGACAGCAGCGUCAUUGUUGCAGCUCUCGAGAAAUCCAAGUCCGGCCUCUUGGAAAUCAAUGAAGACAAGACAAAAAUCAGGAGGUUUUCAGAUAAACCCUUACCUGAGCUGAACGAUGAAUACAAAGACGUCGUUAAACACAAAUCUGUGUACAUUAAAGGCUUUCCUCUUGAAACCACCCUCGAUGAGAUUCAGGAGUGGUUGAACGGAAAAGGCGACAUAGAAAAUAUUCAAAUGAGGAGAAACCUGCAGAGGCAGUUCAAGGGAUCAGUGUUCAUCUGUUUUGACACAGAAGAGUCAUCCAAGCAGUUCCUUGAACGUUCAGACAUGAAAUCAUUCAAGGACAAUGAGAUGAUUGUGUUAUCGAGGGAAGACUACCAUGCAAAGAAGGCUGAGGAGCGAAAACAGUUCAAACAAGAGUCAAAGGCAAAAGCAAAACAAGACAAGGAGCAACUGCAGAAAAAUACAGAAGAUAAAGAAAUGGGUCUGCUCCUGGACGAACAGACAGGGUGCUUGUUGAAGUUUAAAGGGGAGCUCGAAGAAGUUUCCCGAGAGGACUUUCAUGAACUGUUCUCAGGGCACGGAAAGAUAAAAUGGGUGGACUUUACGCGAGGAGCUAAAGAGGGUACCCUUCUUUUCGAUGGAGACGCAAAGGAGGCCUUUGACAAGGCCAAGGAGGCAAACAAAGGAGAGCUAAAAAUCAAGAACAACAGUGUUACAUGGGAGGUGCUUGAGGGAGACGAGGAGAAAGAGGAGCUGAAGAAGAUCAUCGAAGCUCAACAAGAAUCUUACAGCAGGUCCAGGGGUAGAGGUGGUAGAGGAAGAUCAGGCGGCAGAGGAGGAGGAGGAGGACGAGGAGGUGGAGGAGGAAGAGGUGGAGGAGGAAGAGGAGGACGAAGGGGAAGAGGUGGACGGGAUGGAAGCAGAGGUCGGUACCAAGGCAAAAAGGAGAGAUUUGAUAGUGGUGAUGAAGAUGAUGCACCCGUUGCCCCAAAGAGAGAACGAGAAGAUACAGACGGUCCUCCAGCAAAGGUCAUCAAAACUGAAAACGGAUCUUAGUCACACGAUCUCAACCAGAUAUUUUUUUCUUUUGUGGAAACAUUUAUUAUAAACAGUUAAAAUGCAGAGACAACUUAAAUCCAUUCCAGUGAAAGCUUCAGGCUUUGGAGAAUCGAAGGAAAUCCACCUGGAUGUCGACCUAGAGAAACAAUUUGCAAUGAUUGGCAUCAGUUUUUCAGCAUUUUUAAGUCCCUGUAUUAUAUUGCGCCUCCUACAUUAAAUAUGUACCUUUUGUUUGUAUGAUCUUUUUUUAAUUUUAUCAUCUUCAGCAUAAAGACAGUCAUUUGAUUUCACUGGGACAUUUUAGUUGGUCUUGUAAGGCCUGUGUGACAUCUAGCGUUGUGCGCCAUCAUGUGUUUUGGUUUUUCCUUUGUAGAAUUCCUACAUUACGAGAGAACAUCUUAUUUGCUAUUUUGUUUUUUUAUGUUUGCAUAUGUGAAUAGCAAAUAAAACAUUUAUUAAAAUUAAAAA